ACUUGCAUUUUGUCGCAAUUUAUUUGUCUUGACUCUCGAUCUUGCAACUCGUAUUCCAGCUGAGAGUUAUAAAUUGUGACAAUUGCAAGUUUAUAAAGGCUUAGAGAUAGUCUUCUUCCACGGUUUUGUUUGGACAAUAUUAACUAUAUUUUCCUCUCUGGAAUUUCUAUUUUGUUUACAGAAUCACAUGAAACUUUAUCUCACUUCAUAGAUGGAUGAUUUUAGGUAUGCAUUAGUCACUGGAGCAAACAUGGGGACGGGUUUUGAAAUUUGUAGGCAGUUGGCUUCUAAUGUAAUUGUGGUGGUGUUAACAGCCAGAGAUGAGAACAGAGGCCUUUAAGCUGUUAAGAGGCUUAAAGACUCUGGUUUUUCUGAUGAUAAUUUGAUUUUCCAUCAGCUUGAUGUGGUCGACCCUCGAAGGCGUUGCUUCGCUAGCAGAUUUUGUCGAAAUCCAAUUUGGACAACUGGAUAUUUUGAUACAUUUACGUCCUCAGAUUCUUAUGUUUUCUUAUGUUUUCAUCUGUUCCUUACAGAUUGUUGUUUCCUUCACUUGUGCAUGUUAACAACACUGCGAUUUCUGGAGUUACACUUGACCUGUUGACCGUGGUGCUUUUGAAAGAGCUACUGAGCUUAGUGGUGGUUCGGAAUCAAAAGUGGAGUGGAGAAUGCUAAUCAAGUGGUAGUCUGAUUAGUCUUCUCAUUCAUGUAAAAGCCCUUCAAGGAGAAGACUACCUUUGUUGUGUAGCCUACAGUGUUAUUUGAACACAUAAAAGCCUCCAAUAAAUUAAAAAAAAAAUAGUGGAGUGGAGAAUAAAUUAAAAUAUCAAAAAAUAAGAUAUUGUAACAAAAAAAAGGUGUAUAAUUUAAAUUUUUUAUAAUAAAAAAGGGAGAUAGUAAGCCAUUUCUAUGUAUUCCCAAUCCCAUCUAGAAAUUUCAAUUUCAAUUUUAUUCUCUUCCUAUUCCUGUCCUUGAAAGUUAGCGAAUUAUUCAUUUCUGCCUCCUAAACUUCAAAAAAAAUUAUAGUUUGUCCUCCACUAGUUCCGCCCUCAUAUUUUGGAAAACAAAUCGGUUUAGUUAUAUAUUUGACUUGUGCACUUGAUUUUUCACGUCUAACAAAUUUCAACAAAAAAGAAAAAGGAAGGAAGAAAAUAACGAAAAGAAAGGAUUUUUACAUAUGCAAAAGGCUAAUGCCAAUUAUGAAUGUGAUGGCGGGAUUCAUUCUAAAAGAAUCUGAUGAAUCAGCUUUGGUAAUUAUUAUAAUCAAGAAAGCAAAAAGGUUUUUUUCCUUUUGUAGUUAGGUAAUUUCUUGUAGACCAAACAGAAGGGUCUAAAGAGUUAUUUUCUUGGAAACUUCAUUCUUUAUGUCUGUUAUGAUGGAAUUGGAAUUUUCACCGACAGCAUUGUAGUUAGUUUAUGUGGAUAAUUUGCCGGACAGGUGUAAGUUCUUGGACUAAUUCAUAUUAAUAAAAGGAAUUUUAAACUCUAGUAUAGUAAAACAAACAGUUUGGAUGAUACAUCUUAUGCAUUGUUUUCUUGUGUUUUGUUUAAUUUUGAGACAGGUUGAUCCCUUGUUCCCUUUGGAACUGUAGGUUAUGUAAUACCAAGUAAAUUUAAAAACAGGUCCUCCUGUCUUGGUGCUAAUAUCUCAAUUUCUAACAAACUAUGGCAGAAUCAACAAGCAGGUAUGCAGUUGUUACUGGGGGUAACAAAGGACUUGGAUGGGGAAUUGUACAACUGCUGGCAUCAAAUGGGAUUACUGUCAUACUGACAGCUAGAGAUGAAAACCGAGGCCUUGAAGCUAUUGAAAAGCUGAAAGAGUCUGGUCUUUCUGAUGGUGUGGUUUUCCAUCAGCUUGAUGUUUUGGAUCCUGCUAGCAUUGCUUCUCUUGCUGAAUUCAUCAAAACUCAAUUUGGAAAACUUGAUAUUUUGGUGAACAAUGCAGGAGUCGGAGGAAACAUUAUUGACUCCAGCAAAUUAGAUUCUAUGACCUUAACUGGCACUGAGGAUGAUGUGAUAAAUGUCUGGAGUAAAGUAUUGACUGAAAAUUACGAGUUAGCAGAAGAAUGUGUCAACACAAACUACUACGGCGCGAAAAGAACAGCUGAAGCUCUUAUUCCACUUCUCCAACAAUCUGAUUCACCAAAGAUUAUAAACAUUUCUUCCACCAUGGCAACAUUUAAGUAUUUAACAAAUGAGUGGGCUAAAGAAGUGUUCAGCAAUGUUGAAAUGCUUUCAGAGGAGAGAAUAGAUGAGGUGGUAAAUGUAUUCCUAAGAGAUUACAAGGAAAAUUCUUUAGAAACAAAAGGAUGGCCUUCUUUUUUAUCUGCAUAUUCCGUCUCGAAAGCAGCCAUGAAUGCUCACACAAGACUUCUUGCCAGAAAUUACCCUAAUUUCUCCAUCAAUUGUGUUAACCCUGGCUCCAUCAAAACGGAUAUUACUUGCAAUCGUGGAGUCUUUACUGUUGAAGAAGCAGCUGUAUAUCCUGUGAAAUUGGCACUGUUGCCUCACGGUGGACCUUCUGGUCUCUUUUUCCUUCUCGAUCAAGUUACUUCCUUUUGAAAUUACUUGUAAUUUGUAUCAAAACGUCAAAAGUAAUAAUAAUGCUAAGCAUUCUUGUUAGGAA